AUGGCGGUUUUUGCCUACAGUGACGUCUCAGCUAUCCUGACAACAUAUCAGAACAUCAUCGGAAACAUGUGCAAUACCCUUUACGGCAAGGUCCCAAUUCAGGACUUGAUGGGCGUUGUUCGUGAUGCUACUGAGAAGCAUGAUGUCAGCGGGCAUGCAGCUGCGCUCCGGUGGACGGCCUCUCAUGAUGCCUUGGAUGCAUAG